AUGGAGGAGUCGAACGACUUGACCGCCGGAGAUAGCAGGCGCCCUAGGUCAAACCUCCGCUUACCCGCUAGACAUCAUGAUGAUGGGUGUUGGGACACGGCGCGAACGAUCCAUAGAGCGCACGGGUGGAGGGGAUAUUUUGUGGGAAUUAGUAUCGGGUACCUCAAUUUCAUUCGGAUAAAUCCGGUCAGCUUCGCGAGUUGGGUCCCGUUGAAGAAUACGUUUGGGCCGGAGGGGGUUUAG